UAUUUCUUGUUGCUUUAGUAUUCUCUAAUUAUGGGGAUGCUGAAAUCGUCACUCGCUUUCCUUGUUCUUGCUUUUGCUUUCUUCUUGUGUUUCAUUAUGAGCGCUGGUGAUGGAUCUUACGACUAUUUUCAAUUUGUGCAACAAUGGCCACCGACCAACUGCAGAGUUCGCAUCAAGCGACCUUGCUCCAACCCCCGGCCAUUACAAUAUUUCACCAUCCAUGGCUUAUGGCCCAGUAAUUAUUCAAACCCAACGGUGCCCAGUAAUUGUAAUGGGUCAAAAUUUGACGCAAGGAAAGUGUCACCUCAACUACGAAACAAACUGACGAAAUCUUGGCCGGACGUGGAAAGUGGCAAUGAUACAAAAUUUUGGGAAGGCGAAUGGAACAAACAUGGUACGUGUUCCGAGCAGACACUUCACCAAAUGCAGUAUUUCGAGAUAUCCCACGACAUGUGGCUGUCCCACAAUAUAACACAUAUCCUUAAAAACGCUACAAUCGUACCAAGUGCCACACAAACGUGGAAGUACUCGGACAUAGUAACACCCAUUAAAAUAGCAACUAAAAGAACACCCCUCCUUCGUUGCAAACCUGAUCCAGCACAAAAUAAGAGCGGACCGAAGACUCAGUUGUUACAUGAAGUGGUACUUUGUUAUGGAUAUAAUACAAAAAAGCAGAUUGACUGUAAUCGAACAGCAGGAUGCUGGAAUAAUGUUGACAUCAAGUUUCAAUAAAAUUAUAGCUAGCUUCUAAGUCAUGAUAAAGUAGCAUGGUAAAUGCUGUAAUAAAAAGGGGCCCUGUAUCCAAUUUUCAUGUAUCCUCUGGAGGCUGAAUCUUC